GAUAUGUAAGGGGAUGGCAGCCCUGUGCCAGAUCUUUUCCCUCAAGGAACCUCAUUUAUUUACGUGGAGAUCCGGGAAGAACCGCGCGCCUUUACGCUUUUGGAUGGCUCUUCUGUAACUUUGAUGAAAGUUAAAUAUAUCCAAUAAAACUAUGGCCGAGGAGCACAAUAUACUGACCGAGGAUCCAUGCAGCCCACAGAGCUGUGAUAGCUCUGCGCCCCGGGAUGAACUGGACCAAGAGCCUCCAAACUCUCCUGCUGGAUCUGAUGCGCGCGGAGCGGAGAGCUGCGCGCACGAGGAGCGCUUCCCCGCCUGCAUCCGGGACGCGGUUUCACAGGUGCUGAAGGGAUAUGACUGGUCGCUGGUGCCUAUGGCGACUCAGGGGGAGAGGGGGCUGAAGAGUAAACCUCACGUAAAAAGGCCGAUGAACGCCUUCAUGGUUUGGGCGCAGGCGGCGCGGCGGAAGCUGGCGGACCAGUAUCCACAUCUGCACAACGCUGAACUGAGCAAGACUCUGGGCAAGCUGUGGCGGCUUCUCUCUGAAUCAGAAAGGCGGCCAUUCAUUGAGGAGGCAGAAAGGCUAAGACUGCAACACAAGAGAGACUAUCCAGACUACAAAUACCAGCCUCGGAGACGCAAAAGCACUAAACCUGGGCAAGCGGACCCAAGACCCGCAUCGGUCCAACAGCAGCAGCAGGGCUUUUACAAGGCAGAACCUGGACUGUCCAGGCUGGAGGGCAUAGGAGAUGCCUCAAAGCAUUACAACACGGACAAGCCAGGUCACCCUCAUGGUCCUCCAACUCCUCCUACUACCCCUAAAACUGAGCAGCACAUAGUGAACAAGUAUGAGGCCCAAAAGCCUGUUGAAAGCGGCCCUGCUAUUCAUUCCAACCGAAACAUCGACUUCAGCAAUGUAGACAUUUCAGAGCUCAGCACCGACGUCAUUGGUACCAUAGAUGGCUUCGAUGUGCAUGAGCUAGAUCAGUACCUGCGUCCGAACAGCCAUGCAACAACUCCUCUAGCCCAGAUGGAAACUAGCUGCCCGUCGGGGUCAUACCUCCCCCAAAGCACCCCAAAUCACUCCGACAGCAUAGUCAGCUGCUCACUCAAAACAUCUGAUGAGAUUCUAACAGAGGAGGACAGCAACAAACAACCUCAGAUCAAAAUGGAGCAGAUGAGCCCGGGCCAGUGUAGCUCCUCACCCUCCUCUUGUACUCCUCCACCCUCACACCCACCAGAGUACACCUCUCUUAGCUCAAACGUCUGCCCUUCCACCACCUUCUCCUCCUCGCCAACGUCUCCUAAUCCACCAGACUACACUGACCUUCAGAAUGCCAGCCUCUACAGCGCGUUUUCAGGUUACCCUGCCAGCCUGUACCAGUAUCCGUUCUUUCACUCCUCCCACAGGUCAUAUGCAACUCCGCUCAUCAACAGCCUGGGAUUGGCGCCUCCUCCACACAGUCCUUCCUCUGUGUGGGAUCAGCCUGUCUACGCAACGCUUUCCAGGCCUUGAAGGACCAUGAAGUCGUGGUGACUGACUCAAACUCUGCACUCUGCCUGUUACCAAAAGAAAUAUCACCUUGUCUUCUGAAAACAUGGCUGACUUAACUGCUUGUUGUCAUGCAAAAGAAAAUGUUACUAUUGGAAAGACUUAAGAAUGUGGUAGAUCUAUAUAGAAUUUGGCAAUCUCUUCUGUACUUCACCCUUAAAGAAAAGUAGCUUUAAAUACUGACCGAAUGACACAUUUUUCAUCUGUUAUUGAUAUUUUGAUUUAUGGUGAAGAGCAAAUGAUUUGUGUAAACUCUGUUUUCAACAUAUGCAACGGUAAUAAAUUUAAGUAGCAGAUCUCCAUAUGCUUGAUGCCUUCCCUCUUCCUCUACUUGCUGGUGGAAUUUUCUUGAGUCUAAUAUUGACUUUUGAGAAUACAGGCUAUUGAGAUAGACUCAAUUUUAUGGUAUAACAUGGAUACACUUUAUUUUGUUAACUUCAGAAACGUAUAUGGUAUUUUAAAAUUGUGUUGAUGCUUAAUAUUUUUUUUGUUAUUUGACAUUCCGUAAUAUUUACCACAGCUGUUUCAAACGGGGUUUAAAACCACAAAGCAUAUUUUCAGUAGUUUGCAAUG